AUGUACUGGUCCACAAUCACAAUGUGGAGUCCGUCUCUCCCCAAAACAAUCGCAGAAUCUCUGCCCUCCCUGCUUGAUCUAGCUGUGAAAGAUUAUACUCGCAUCGCAGAGGAGGAACGUGAAGCAGUCAAACGCACACAAUUUGAGCUUCACAACCCAGCGUGGUUGAGGAUCAAGAGCGGCAAGUACAGGGGCAAUGUGGCACAAGUGUUCGAGCAUUUACCAAAUAGUGUUGUCGCAGUACUUGUUGUUGCACGCCGCUUCCCCUAUUCUAUGCCUCAGGGAUCUCAAGCGCUGAUCGAGCGGUCCCGCCUCCCGAAUAACACGACAGUUUCCGACAUCAUUUGGGACGACAAAGUAGUCGGAUGGAAAUAUAAGGGCGAGAGCUACUACAUGGAACAUAUCGCAUCAUCUCAUGCUGACGACAUUCGGCUCCACCUGGACUCCAGAUGGAACAAACCCUUCAUCCAAGCAACUCUGGCUGCAUUUUCAUUGCAGUUCCUGCGCAUAGGAGAUUGGGCCAGGGUUGUCAAGGGCUCUCUUCGUGUUUGUCUUCAGGAUGUAGAACGUGUCUUUCGAGUCGGAGAUACUGUAAGAGUGGUGGCCAGUUCCUACUUGGGUUUGCAAGGACACAUCAUCGAAAUGCACGGGGACACAUUUCAAGUUUGUCAAGAUACUACAAAUGAACAGGUCAAAGUGUCGAGAUACUACUUAGAUCGGCGUCUCUUGAAGCACACAGUACAAUCAUGGCUGCCAAUGCAGCAGUACUUCAACCCCCCCAAGCUAGACUCUAUUGAAAUCGCACGUCCCAUAUCUCAUUUCUGCACACUUGGCGCUUCGUCGGCCGCUCGCGCGCAUCGGCGCACACACCUUCGGUUCCAUCGCUCGUCCUCCGUUUAUCCAUUCCAUGUCCGUUCGGUUCAUCGAAUGAUCAUCUUCUUCCCGCACAAACAUUGGACUCUAAGUCUAAAAAUCUCCGUCAUAUCCGCCAACCGACACAAGCACCAGUUCUCAUACUCUAAUAUACAAACAUCGUCUUACUUGUCUCCCGACUCACUUAAAGAGUCGCAAUCUACAUUCCUCACCUACAUCGGGGAUUACAUAGAAGUCAUGGAGGGAGAGCACAUGGGAAAACGCGGUGUCGUUGACUGGUUUUCGAAGAAAGACACGAACCUCUGGUUCCGGGAUAUUUUCAUUGUGGACAACACUGAGUGCUCCGGCGGAUUGUCAAGUAUCUCAGUUCCCGCAGCGAUAGUUCAGCGGACGAGUAUCACGCAGACAAUUCAAUUCACAAAGGAAAGGGGAUAUGACGUCAGACCUGGAGACGUCGUUACUGUUGCCCGUGGGCCAGAGUAUGAGGCAAAAGGGGUUGUGCAAAGCAUUGACUUCCCAAAUGCUUGUCUGACCUUGCUUUGUGACGGUGAUCACGCACUGAUCAAUGUUCCAAUUGGAUUUGUGGUGAAAUUGCAGAAUGCUGACUUGGAUUGUUUUAAGCAUAUUGGACAAGAAGUUUUCGUUAUUUGGGGUGAGUACAAGGGCUACCGAGGGACGCUCCACGGUAUUGGCCAUGAAGCUUGCGUCGUUGCUCUGCGUGGGCAGAAGUGCACCUCGCUGAAACUCUAUGACACUGUCACUAAGUUCAUGGCUUUCAGGUUUGGCAUGAGGUUAAACGGGGCAAUGCUCGAAGGUUCUGAGUGGUCUUUAUUCUGCGAAUUGCGGAAAAGAUCGUACUUGGCGCCGCCUCCUCGAAGCAUCACCCCACCCAUCGAAAAAGAUCCCUCUAGCUCGUCGGGGUCCAUAACAGGUCCCAUUCUCCCAUCAUCCAAUGCAUGGCCGGCCUGGUCUGCAAGCUCAGGUGGUGCUGAUGUUGUGCAAAGCCCGUUGUCGAGCACUGAUCCUAACUCAUCAACACCCAAUGCCUGGACUGUCGAUGAACUUGAUAUUCAGAACAGUGUUGACGCCAGAUCAAAGAAAAACUCAGACAGUGGCUCACUACCUUGGUUGAUGACCAGGGAGUUUGCUUCCAAGUGUUUCACGUAUCACGCGAUGUUGAAGGUUUCACCAAUAUUCGAUGCUUCGCUCUCCAAGCGAUUUGUAUCAACACCUUGUCCUGAUCCUUUUUGCAGUGAGAAUGGACCGGCCCCAGAGGGAUGCGUCGCAGCGUACUGUACAUCCAACAACACAGGUGCCAUAACCAAGCACUAUCAUAUUCCCGCCAUUUAUUUGAGUCCUGCACCUCCACGCAAGAAAAAUCAAGAAUGCCUGAUUCUGGAUGGGACUCAUCGUGGACUCGUUGGAACUGUAGCGAGGUGCAGCAUCAAGCACAGUUUUGUGGACAUUAGUAUUACUCCUACUGUUACUACAACUUUGCAUUUCGAUCAGAUAUGUCUGGUGGAACCGAUGCAAUAG